UUCGUCCCCUGCACCUCUUUCAAGACAAAGGAGGCCCUCCAUCAACACUCAGUCUCUCCACGAGUCCAGCACAAGACGCUCCAAGAUGCCGGACACAAUCAUGUCCAAGGAGCCCAGUUCCAACCUGGAGAGUGCCAUGCAGAUGCUCAUAAAGACCUUCCACAAGUAUUCUGGGAAGGAAGGCGACAAGUACACUCUGAGCCGGGGCGAGCUGAAGGAGCUGCUACUAGAGGAGCUGGGGACUUACUUAGGGAGCUCCAAAGAUAAUGAAGCGGUGGAGAAGGUAAUGAACGACUUGGACGCCAACAACGACGGGGAGGUGGACUUCACCGAGUUCAUCAUCCUGAUGGGCGCGCUGACCGUCGCCUGCAACGACUUCUUCCUGGAGUACAAGACAGACGACAAACCGAAAGACGAGUGUCAGUCGGCGGAGAAGAAAGAUUGAAUCAGUGCAAGAGAUGAGGAGGGGAGGGGAGGGGAGGAGGGGAUAGAAGUGGGAGGGAGAAGCGAGAAAGUGGGGAAGAAGAGGAGAAGUGAAGGAAAAGAACUGUGAAUCAGGAGAGACAGGAAAGAGGUGCAGUGGUCUUUUGUCGUCUCAUGCAAUCUGCAAACAUUACAGCUGUACAGUGAAGGAGGAGGUCCAGCAGUUAGUCGGUGGGUUCACAGAAAGGGGGGGGCGAGGGGGAGCGUAGUGUUUUUCCUCUGCAACUGUUUCUCAGACCACUUACACACACUUGACUGUAUGAACACAACAGGGUAAUUUUCAACAGUUUUAGACUCAACUUUAGCACUUUUGACAGUUUAUUACAUUAAAAGCAAAAGCUGUGGAAGGAAAGAGGGGGUUAGAUUUUUGCAGAAAUGGAUGUUUGGGCAUUUCUUGCACAUGAAUAAUUUGUGAACAUAUAUGAAGUAAGAGAUUAUCAUAUUACUGUAUGUACUCAGUGUUGAAAACCGGGCAUGUUUAUCCCCUUUCUUGCACCUGUUUUGUAAUCCUUUAUUUAUUUAUUUUGGUAAUAACCAAUGCUUCAAGAUAUUAAA